UAUGCUGUGCCGUGUUCAUACCAUCCAGGUCUCUUACAGGGGUGUUGUGUACACAACCAGUCACAGCCACAACAUCUGUGAUUCUCCUCCCCCUGUCCCACGUCCAGCCCUCUGCGUGCCUGGGCCGGCUUUCUCUCCUGAUUUAGAUCGUGCUCUGCACACAGGGACGGGAGCACAGCUGAAAUAUGCUCCAGUCAGGCCAGCUCAAGCACUGAAGGCGUUUGUCUCACAGUGGGACCCCAGAACAUGGACCCUCUGACGGAGUUCCCCUUUAUGGAGGAUGAGGGGCUCUCCUUGAAGAGGACAGGGCCUCUCCAAGACCCUGACUCAGACGUUUAUGCCAAGUUCUUCAUGAGUCACUGCUGCUACGAUGCCAUUCCAACAAGCUCUAAACUGGUCAUCUUUGACACAACACUGCAGGUGAAGAAAGCAUUCUUUGCACUGGUUGCAAAUGGGGUCAGAGCGGCACCUUUAUGGGACAACAAGCUGCAGUGUUUUGUAG